GGCCCGCCCGCAGUCCCGGCGGCCGCCGCGCCUGAGUGCAGCCCCCGCCCGGAGCCCGAGCCCCGAGCCCGGAGCCAACCCUAGCCCCGCGGCCGCCGCGGCUGUGGGUAGAGCGGGGGGGGCGAUGCUGCCGGAGCCGCCGCCGCCUCGGUGAGAGCCGCGCCGCGCCGCGCGUAGCCGCACAGGCUGACAGGCAGAAGGACUGACUUCCCUCUCUCGGGCAUCCUUCCUGGGCUGCCGGGAGGCGGCGGCGGAGGAGGAGGAGAAGGAAAAGGGGGAGAAGGCGGAGAGCAGGAACGCGAGGAGGUGGACCUGGAUCCGUUUCUCCCGGCCAGGACCCGAGCGGCCCCAGCUACAGCUACCCGCAGGCGCCGUCCCCUAUCCAUCAGCCCUCCUGCGCCCACUCGCGACCCCAGGCUCUCUGCGCGUCGGACCGGGGCCAGAGCCGCGCGGCCGGAGACGGCCUGGCCUCCUGGUGAUGCUCACGCUGUGCUAAGUGUUGGUGGCCAUCGAGGAUUUUGCAUCCUGGGGACGAAUCCUGAGCUUGCCAGAGACGGACGGUGCAAGUGCUACUUUCCACGAAAGCCAGAACCUUGCCCCAUCCUUGCCUGCUUUCAGGAUCUUGCACAGAGCCAGGCAUCAUGAAGGCAAGAGGUGGUCAGUAAAUUUGAUACGACUUGACAAGGAAAGGGCAGAACGUGUAUUAAUCAAGAGCGUGCCUAAGGGGUUGCUUGGGAGGCAAAAGGGGGCAGAGUCCUGACUCGUGAAAGUGGAGCCCCAGAAGAGGAAGAAGGCUACCUCUUAAUUUCCCAGGAAGGGGUUCUGGAUAAGCAGGAGCCCCCAGAGAUGGAGAAGAGAGAGCUGCAUGCUCACGCCAGCGCCGGUGAAGGUGCCACAAGUCCUGCUGCUGAAGUGGCUGUUGGCUCUGCAUUCACUCUGGACAGGGAUUUUAAUGUCCCCAGCCCUUGGGGCAAUUCUGCAGCCAUCAGCCCAGACACUACUUACUCAGUGGAAUAAAAAAGCAGUCAAGUCUCUCCCAAGGAAGAUAAUAUCCUGUCACAGGCAGUAUGAUCUGCCAGCCAUGUGAUGGCCGUUCCCUAAUGUUUCCAAAUAGACUUUUGAAUAGACCCUUGUCUAGAAGAGAGCAAAUUGCAAGAGCAUUUUUGGCAGCCAAAUAGAGAGCGAGUAUUAGUCUUUCUUCUUCACAACUCUUGCUGCUAGGUCUGGCUCCAGGCACCGAGUAGGAUUCAUCCAUCAGCUUGGGUCACUGAUGAACACCAUUUGCUGUGAAGAGACAUCUUGUUGAAUUAGUCAAUUCUGCAAGAUUCGGAAUAAUCAGGCGUGCCAGAGGCAGCCUGUGAGAGAGCAGGAGGCCUGCUUAGAGAAGGGAAGUAACUGCAAAGUCUAGCUCCCAAUUCUGCAAUCGUGUGUUUGCAGGACCGUGGGAAAGCAGGCUCCAGGCUCUAGUGUUUCCAUUCUCUGUGAAGCCACCAAGAACAGGGAGUCAGAAGGAGCAAAGAUGGUUCCUCGUCAUGAUAACUUUGGGUCCGGCCUCUGUUUCCACGUGAGGAGCAGCUGCGGCCCACCGAGAUGUCCCGGCACCACAGCCGCUUCGAAAGAGAUUACCGGGUGGGCUGGGACCGCCGCGAGUGGAGUGCCAACGGGACGCAUGGGACCACCAGCAUCUGCAGUGCCACCACCGGGGCGGGUGGCGGCACAGCCAGCAGCCUCAGCGCCCGGCCCGGCCUCCUGCCGCUACCCGGGGUGCCCUCCCGGCUGCCCACACCCGCCACGGCCCCCGCGCCCUGCACCACCGGCAGCAGCGAGGCCAUCCCCAGCCUCGUGGCCAGCUCUGCCUCCGCCGUCACCACCAAGGCCCCCGGCAUCUCCAAAGCAGACAAUCAGUCCCAGGGACUCACGACCAGCAUCCGGUGGGGGCAGACGCCCAUCAAUCAGUCCACGCCUUGGGACACUGAUGAGCCGCCCUCCAAACAGAUGAGGGAGAGCGACAAUCCAGGCACAGGGCCGUGGGUGACCACAGUGGCCGCCGGGAGCCAGUCUGCCCUGAUCGCACACUCCUACGGAGUGGCCCAGCCUCCCACCUUCAGCCCGGCUGUGAACGUCCAGGCCCCGGUCAUUGGGGUGACCCCUUCACUGCCUCCCCAUGUGGGGCCCCAGCUCCCGCUGAUGCCAGGCCACUACUCACUCCCACAGCCGCCCUCUCAGCCACUGAGCAGCGUGGUGGUCAACAUGCCCGCCCAGGCCCUGUAUGCCAGCCCGCAGCCCCUGGCUGUUUCCACGCUGCCCGGCGUCGGGCAGGUGGCCCGCCCAGGACCCACCACUGUGGGCAAUGGCCACAUGGCGGGGCCCCUGCUGCCUCCACCGCCGCCGGCCCAGCCGUCUGCCACUCUCCCCAGCGGUGCCCCUGCCACCAAUGGACCCCCCACGUCAGACUCGGCCCACGGGCUGCAGAUGCUACGGACCAUUGGCGUGGGGAAGUAUGAGUUCACCGACCCCGGGCACCCCAAAGAAAUGUUGAAGGAAUUGAACCAGCAGCGCAGAGCGAAAGCGUUUACAGACCUGAAAAUUGUUGUUGAAGGCAGAGAGUUUGAAGUCCACCAAAAUGUUCUAGCUUCCUGCAGCUUGUAUUUCAAGGACCUGAUUCAAAGGUCGGUGCAAGACGGCAGCCAGUGCGGCCGGGAGAAGCUGGAGCUCGUCCUGUCCAACCUGCAGGCCGACGUCCUUGAGCUGCUGCUGGAGUUUGUCUACACGGGCUCCCUGGUCAUCGACUCGGCCAACGCCAAGACCCUGCUAGAGGCAGCCAGCAAGUUCCAGUUCCACACCUUCUGCAAAGUCUGCGUGUCCUUUCUCGAGAAGCAGCUGACGGCCAGCAACUGCCUGGGGGUGCUGGCCAUGGCCGAGGCCAUGCAGUGCAGCGAGCUCUACCACAUGGCCAAGGCCUUUGCGCUGCAGAUUUUCCCCGAGGUGGCGACCCAGGAGGAGAUCCUAAACAUCUCCAAGGAUGACUUCAUUGCCUACAUCGCCAAUGACAGCCUCAACACCAAGGCCGAGGAGCUAGUGUACGAGACCGUCAUCAAGUGGAUCAAGAAGGACCCCGUGUCCCGUGCGCAGUACUCGGCGGAGCUCCUGGCUGUGGUCCGCCUCCCCUUCAUCCACCCCAGCUACCUGCUCAACGUGGUUGACAACGAGGAGCUGAUCAAGUCAUCGGAAGCGUGUCGGGACCUGGUCAACGAGGCCAAACGCUACCACAUGCUGCCACACGCCCGCCAGGAGAUGCAGACGCCCCGAACGCGGCCCCGCCUCUCAGCAGGUGUGGCCGAGGUCAUCGUUUUGGUUGGGGGCCGUCAGAUGGUGGGGAUGACUCAGCGCUCGCUGGUGGCCGUCACCUGCUGGAACCCACAGAACAACAAGUGGUACCCCCUGGCCUCACUGCCUUUCUAUGACCGCGAGUUCUUCAGUGUAGUGAGUGCCGGGGACAACAUCUACCUUUCAGGUGGGAUGGAAUCAGGGGUGACGCUGGCCGAUGUCUGGUGCUACAUGUCCCUGCUCGAUAACUGGAACCUCGUCUCCAGGAUGACGGUCCCCCGCUGUCGGCACAAUAGCCUUGUCUAUGAUGGGAAGAUUUACACCCUCGGGGGACUUGGCGUGGCAGGCAACGUGGACCACGUGGAGAGGUAUGACACCAUCACCAACCAAUGGGAGGCGGUGGCCCCUCUGCCCAAGGCAGUGCACUCGGCAGCAGCCACAGUGUGUGGAGGCAAGAUCUACGUGUUUGGGGGCGUGAACGAGGCGGGCCGAGCUGCAGGCGUCCUCCAGUCUUACGUUCCACAGACCAACACGUGGAGCUUCAUCGAGUCCCCGAUGAUUGACAACAAGUACGCUCCCGCCGUCACCCUCAAUGGCUUCGUUUUCAUCCUGGGUGGGGCUUAUGCCAGAGCCACCACCAUCUAUGACCCUGACAAAGGGAACAUUAAGGCGGGUCCCAACAUGAAUCACUCUCGCCAGUUCUGCAGUGCCGUGGUACUCGAUGGCAAGAUUUAUGCAACUGGAGGCAUUGUUAGCAGUGAGGGGCCUGCCCUGGGCAACAUGGAAGCUUAUGAGCCUGCAACCAACACGUGGGCCCUCCUCCCCCACAUGCCCUGCCCCGUGUUCAGACACGGCUGCGUCGUGAUAAAGAAAUAUAUUCAAAGCGGCUGACAUCAGCGGAAAGCCCACGCCGAGACUGUGGACAGACACGUCUGGUGAGGCAAAUGCUACUCACAAAGAUCAACUUUCAGCAACACCAAUAAGAGGCCGACCAACACAAUCAAGGAACUCACUACGCUACACAUGUUGAAUACCGUCUACAUUGAAUGUAGGAAAUCAUCCUCGCCUUUGGGGAAAAUGAGGGAGUAGCCUCCGGGCAGCAGGAACCGCGACCGAGCGAGCGAGCUGGGCCUCGGGGCUCCUGCAGAGGCACUUGCUCUGAACGGAGGCGCUCACUCUGCCCAGUGCAAUAGUUUCACAUAUUUUUCAACUGGGAGAGAGAAGCCGUUUUUUCCUUCCUGCAGGGCAAGCUUGAUCCCCAGCCAACCAUAGAUCAGUUAUCCUAUGACAAUAUUAGGCGUCAGGCUCUCUUGGAAUAAGAUCAAAGUGUCCUUAUCACUUUGAUUCCUACUUUUGUUUUUAACCAAUCUACGCUUUCAGUGGCCGAGGGAAAAUAAGGGACAAUACUAUGUAUGGGGCCCGAGGCCUAGGAGGCUGCUGGUCCCCCACUGGGUCGAAGAUAAGUCCAGGCUCUUCGCGGAGCCAGAUGUGACUGGAGCGGCGGCAGCCGUGGGGACAGCUAGGGAGAACCGUCUGUCCCUUCACAGGGUUUCCUACCAUGCUUUUGCUGGAGAAGGACAAGGUGAUUGUGCUAGCUUUCUCUUAUCCCAUAUGAAUUAUUUAGAUUUCCAAGGCAUUUUCUUGAUAAACAAAAGGCUAUUUUUAAGUACCGAGAGAAGGAGGCGGCCACGAGAGGGAUAACGCGGGAAUUCCCAAAGCUCUUUGUAGGUAGUGCCAGAGUGGGGCAUUUGCUCUAAUUUUUCUAUGUUCAGAAUAGAGGAUCUCUCCUGGGUGGGGGUGAAUGCCCCCGUUUUAUUUUUAGAAAAAAGUAACUCCCAGACAGCCCCGUAAAAGCUGUGCCUCGUGGAAGCAUUGUCAUAGAGAGACAACUCUGCUCCUGAAGGAAACCAGUUCUGGCUCGUGAUAUCAGUUCAGCUCCCUCCAUGAGGUAAAGCUGAGGACCCAGGCCAGGUUGGAAGGGAAGGAGGGAGAAUACAUGUCUACAAAGCACAGGAGACUAUUUUUGAUAUUUAUAGCUAUAUAUUAAGGCACCUGCCACAAAGAGCUCUCAGGAUGGGGACAGCCUUCUCAGACGAGCCGUGACAGCCAAGGCCUGAGGGGCAAGAGGAGAAUCACUCUUCUAGUAGCAUCUUAACCCAAGCAGGGGGGCCAGAAGGGAGGCCACGCCGUGGCUCACAGAGGAAGGCCUUCCCUCUAGUCCUCAGACCCUCAAACCUCACGUGGUGACCAGUUUCCAUUCCAGGGCACGAAGGAGGCAGCCGCCACUGCUGUGCUGUUUCGCUGAAGUUGGUACCAAAUACACAUUUACCAUUUUUAUACCUGGUAAGUCGACUUGCCGUCAUUUCAUCAUAAAAACCACUUAUAAGGAGAAAAGGACAGGACACGCUCUCCAUCUUUCAGUAUUUAAUGACACAAAGUCCCAAUGUCGGGCAUCAACUUCUAGCACUACAAGUGUGGCUCCCACUUGGACAAGAUACCGAGCUUCGUUAUGCAGUUUUUAAUAUUAUUUAUUCUUUUAAAAAGUAAUAAGCACAAAACUACAUACGUUGUAUGUCAUUUAAAGUAUUUAUGUCAAACAGGGUGCAAGUGUGAACCCAAGGACUGGAGCACAAGUGUCUAACUGCCUGGGGCAGGGCCAUGUCAGCGUUGGUGGGCGUCUACCUCCAAAGGAGGUGCUAGUGGUCAGCGAGACUCAACACAGACGACACUGAAAUCCUGUUCUCUCCUCAGUUAUCACACUGGAGCAAAACUGGCUAUUUCUGUGAAUGACAUAAAACAGGGUUCUCUGUAACGGUGUUGUACAUAGUACAUGUUUAUUGUUAAGUUCUUGUUAUAAUAAAUAUAUUUAUAGAUCUAGACUCGGAAGCCAAUGUAAUGCCUCUGUGUGCCACUGUCCUUGCCACCGAGAUGAGAAACCCCAGUGCAGGCCUGUGCCACCUCUCCCAUCAGCUGUCUGGGCUCUGUUACAGACUUGAAUGCACAUCUUGGUGAUCAUAAAGGAUAGGACUCCUCAGCGAGGGAAUGAAUGUACAGGGCUGAAAGGCAAGAAUAAAGGGCAAUUAAAGGUCAAAGCUGAAAGGGACUUGCAAACACUCUGGCAUCGACUCUGAGGAUCUCCCUUCAGUUUAAGUGCUCUUAUUACACUUGUGCAACUGAAAACUUCAAAAAGUUACCUUCCCCCUGGUCUGCUUCCUGUGCCAGAGGCUGUCCUGGAGAACUGUGACAAAUCCACAUGGCAACUCCACGCCAUCAGCCUGAGAAGAGACGCAACACCCUUCCUUCAGGAAGAACAAGUUGUGACUGCCAUUCUAAAAUCCAGUCGGGGGCCUCCCUGCCUUCUUCAGUCCCGCCUGAGGCUGUUCUCUAACCUGUUGUAUAGACCGGCUUUGCUCUCCUAAGGAUACCCACGCAAAGCCCAGGGCAAAAGUGUAGAACACCAGACGGGAUUGCGCCCUCUCUUGCAUGGAAGGACUUUAGAUUUAACGGAUUAGUAGGAGAAGGUAGAUUUACCAGCAUUUUACCCAAGGGAAGAGCCCCACACCCUUAAUCCCCAAAUCUCACCAAGACCUAGUACCUCCUUGCAAGAAAAA